ACACCCAUCAAACAUUUUCAUCUUGAGACUCACAUGCUCUCAACAGUAAACCCUAGAAAGGAAAAACAAAAAGAAACACUAGAGGCCUUAACCAAUAUGGCGUCCAAUACCAGCGUGCUUCUUGGUCCACCAGCGCUUCACUCCGAUAUCGAUCCCAUGGUGGGCUCCGUCCAAUUAGGCGUUGCCAACCUUCAACUCGACGCUGUCAAACCGACCAUGCCCCAAUUAGGGUUCCCCAAAAACGAGUUCUUCAUGGACUCAAACACUGGCAAUCCUUGCCUGGACUUGUUCUUCUUUGCCUUGCCUUCCACGCCAACUCAUGCCCUUGUUAACUGGCUUGCAAAGGCAUGGUCUUAUGACCCUUUAACCACUUUGAAGCUUGUUUGCAAUCUGAGAGGCGUCCGUGGCACUGGAAAGUCUGAUAAAGAAAGCUUUUAUAAAUCUGCAUUAUGGUUACACAAAAACCAUCCCAAAACCCUGGCAUGCAAUGUCAGGGUUUUUGCAGAGAUCGGAUGCUACAAGGACUUGAUGGAGAUUCUUUAUAGGCUUUUGGAAGGAGAGUAG